GGCCAGUCUUCGUCUCUGGAACGGCAGGAUUCCCACAGUUGGGGAAGGGUGCCUCCUGAGGAAGCUUGAAAUCCUUCCGUGCAAGAGGAAUGAGCGCAAUAUAGAGGCAACGGUGACACAUAAGGGGUGGAAAUUCGCCGACAACUGUCGUCACCUCAUCCUUUGUGUGUGUGCGUGUGUGUGUGUGUUUUUGUUUCUUUCUUUGUUUGUUUGUUUUUUGUUUGUUUGUUUUUUUUGGAGGGAAUACGCUUUUUAAAAGGACUAAAUGAGCGCCGGGUCUUCCGAAAGCCUGGCGCUUUCGAUCCCACCGUGCACAUCGAAUGGCACUGUGCGCGCCAAUGGCACGUGCGCCGACCCCACCGAUCCGCUCUUCCGGUCGUUUUCGUCCACGAUGGUGCUCUUAGUGCUUGUGGCGAUGAUCGCCGGUACUAUCCUGGUCUCCGUCGUCACCUUUCAGCUGCACAAGAGCAAGAUGAGGAAGCGCAAAAUGCAGAAAGCGCAGGAGGAGUACGAACGCGACAGCGGCCGCCCCAAAGCCGCGCGAGGGAAGCCGGCGAUCAGGCACUGUGUAAUGGAGAGACCUACGGCGGUGCAGAAAAGCGACCUGAAAGCGAAAAGAUCGGAUAAAGAAGCCACCGACAGUGCAGGCAUCCCCGAGAAAGAGUGCACGGAUAAUACGAGACAUACGAGCCAGACGCGCGGUGAUCACCUGUUGGAAUCCGUCGCGGUGUCUUGAUUAACGCGGUGCCAUCCCGAUGAUCUGACACUGUAAAUACAUCCCGUGUUUUUCGUAUAAUUAUAUUACACGGGAGGGAUUCAGAAUCGCCUCUAUACGCAUGAACAGUGCUAAGUCUUCUUCAGCUUCAGGAGGGAGGAGCCCU